GGCGAGGCUUCCAGCUGAGGCUGACACGGUGAGUUGUAUCCCAGACCACCGGCCAGCAGAGCACAAAAGGCCGCCUGCUGGACGUUUGCCUCUUUCCCCGCUACCGUCAACUUCCAAGUCAACGCACGCACAACUUCAGUACUCUGCAACAACAUGGUUCUCCUCGGCGUCAUUGUCGGGGGCCUCCGGGCCCUCAGCCAUCUCGCGCAUGCCUACUGCCCGCCUGGCGAUGGUCAGAGUGCAGUUGGCAGUCCCGGCACUGGUGGUCUCUGCCCUGGGAUCACCAGCGUCGUCGACAAGGUCGUACUCAAGGUUGAGGACUCGCUCAGCGGGCUCGGCAACACGACCUCUGGCCUACUCGGCUAUCCCUUCAUCGGACAAGAAUUGGUCUCGGACAUGAUGGCGCUCGUCUUCGGCAACAUCGCUCCUAUGUCUGUCCUCGAAGCUUCCGACCAGAUCGCCUUCGUCAACGACACCUCUUCCGUCCACGGUUACACGGUAUACGGCCUCACCGACCUCGUCCUGCACCUCGUCAACGACGAUCCCGACAACACUGGCGCCCCCGGGCCCAAGGUACUCGCAACGACGACGGACAUCAUCAUCGCACCCAAGUACGAGCUCAUGCUCUGGGAAGCCCCGAUGUGCACGAUCUGCCCUGGCGAGUUCAUGACGAAGAACCUGCUCGACGCUCCAGCCCCCGAGCUCGUCGUCUACGUGCCUCCGAACACGUGCCGGCUCAGCGACCUGCGCCCUCUGUCCGCUUCUCUCGACACUCAGGCUGCUCUUGGUUCUCUCAAGGCUUCCCGUCGUCUCGGCUAUCUGGGUACUGUGCUUCUGCGUGUUCUGCGGCUCUCUGGUUCUGGCACUCUCGGGACUCCUAAGGUCAGCCUCACCGUCGGUGCCGCCGCGCACCUCCCCGGCUACGGUCUCUAUCUGCUCGUCGUGGGCGCAAUGCUCUGGAGCACGCUCACGACAUCUUGGUAUAACAUCGGCAUCGGUUGUGGUGUCCCUCUGGCUGUGCUAGAGGGUACCCGAAUUGGACUCGACUUCUUCAUGGUAAGCUGUCAUAUCAUGCAUCCCCGUAAUCCCUCAAUUCACGUCGCAUCCCAUCAAACACCGGUAUCAACGACCACAAACCCCAGCUCAAAUUCGAAUUUGGACUCGGACUCGGACUCGGAGGACCUCUCCGCGCUCUCGGACGAAGACCUCGAGCGCGAGAUCGCAGAGCUCAUGCGCGCGAUGGACGAAAACGACGCUAGAAUGGACGCGUUUGGGAGCGGGAUCGCGAGGCUUGACGGGGGUAUGGACUCGUUGGACAGUCGGCUCGCGAGGCUGGACGCGCUGGAUGCGGGCUUUGCACGACUGGAGGAGGAGAUCGGCUACGGAGAGGGUAUGGAGGGGGAGGACGAGGACGGUUGAGAGGGCAUGCCGAGUGGUGCGCUGUGCGUGCCGUUCGACAAACUCUCUCAAUCCUUUCUUGGUUAUUGGGAUGCAUGGCAUCCUUCGGUCAACGGUCACGGUCUAUGGUUACGUUUACUUUAUGUUCUUUAUCUCUUCUCGUUCUUGGGUAUUUAUUGGUGUUGCAGCAUGAUUGUCGACUCCCGCCUGUACUAGGUCACGGCUUUCUUGAUGCAAUUGGGUUCAUUGAC